AUGGUCGUGACCAACCAACCAGACAUCGUCAUCAUGAAUAAGCAGCAGCAUAUCGGGAAAAAGGAACACGAGAAACUAGAGAAAUACCAAGGGGUCAAAGAAGAGCUGGAGAGAGCCUGGAAGGCGAAAGCAGCAGUGGUGCCUGUGGUCAUGGGAGCACUGGCACAAUUCAAAACCAAACUCCGAAGUUUUGAAGAAACGGAAAAAUUAAAUGCAGCAGAAUCAAGCGACAGAGUGAUGAAGACUCAAGCAAGAGCUUCAAAGCAAGCCACAAAAGCAAAUGCUCGUGACAGGAUCAAAGACGACACAGAGUUGGUGUGCUUUAAAUGUGGGAUCAAAGGCCACCGUGCAAAAUCAUGUCGACAAAAGACAUGGUGUAGUCGGUGCAAAACGGACAUGCACAAAGACACCACUUGCAGACGCAAGGAAAAACUGGAUGGAGCGAGAAAAAUUGCUGAAGAUGGAGAUCCUGACUUCGCAUUCAAGGUGAGAGAUGAACAGCCCGACACCAGGCGGCAGGAUACACACAGCAUCCGGGAACGAGGCCCGAUGGUGGACACAGGAGCGACAUCUCAUAUCAUCACUGACGAGACCAAAUUCAAAAGCUUCCAAGAGACGUUCAAACAAGAGAACCACAGCGUCGAGUUGGCAGAUGCCUACAACCUGACACAUGGGGACAUUAUUGUAGCCACGAGUGUCAACGACGGUAUUUUGAGGAAUGCUGUGCCUUGUACUGCCGCUGGCUGUUUAUGGCCGAAAAACAAGAAAAAUAAAGUUAAAGUUCCCUACGAAAUCUCUAAUGAUUUUACCAAAAGUGAGAAGAAACAAAUUAAGGCAGUCCUGAAAGAAUUCAGAAAAGGAGUGAACAAAACCUGCAUUCAGUUCAUCAGAAAGAAAGCAAAACAUGACGACUAUAUAUCGUUCAUAUCUGACAGUGGGUGUUAUUCAUACCUCGGCCGACAAAAUGGUGGACAGCCAAUCUCCUUGCAGCGAAACGGUUGUCUGUUCAAAGAUAUUAUACAGCACGAGGCUCUCCAUGCACUAGGAUUCCACCAUGAGCAUGUCCGCUCUGACAGAGACAAUCACGUCACAAUUCAUUCUGAAAACAUCCGAUCAGGAUUGGAGCAUAACUUUGCAAAGGUGGACACAAACAACUUGGGUACUCCUUAUGAUUUCCAAUCUGUGAUGCAUUACACCAGCAAAGCCUUCUCCAAAAACGGUCAACCAACUAUCAGUGCCAUUGACCCUGAUGUCACUGAGUUUGGCACUGCAGAGGAGAUGAGCGUCAAUGACUAUGCGCGUGUCAAUGCACUUUAUGAAUGCUGA